AUGUCGCGCGCGCGGGCGCUCGCGCGCGCGGCGGCGACGACGGUGGGGACGGCGCGCGCGGUGGUGGACGCGCGCGGCGCGCGGUGGAUGACGCGCGCGUCUGGGGCGACGCGAGCGCCGAAGAGAGACGACGACGCCGGUGAAACGAACGCGACGAGCGACGCCGGGAACGCUCGACGCGGCGCCGAGGGGGAUGGACGCGAGGGCGAGACGCCGUCGACGUCGUCGUCCGCGAUGGUGGUGUCCACGGCGGUGGCGAGCGUGUGCCUGACGAGCGCGACGCUCAUGGCGGGACACGCGUGCGCGUCGCCGGUGCUUCCGAUGUUGGCGCGCGACUUUGGGGCGAACGCGACGGAGAUCGGGGCGGUGAUGAGCGCGUUCGCGGGUGGGAGGUUGUUGUUUAAUCUACCGUGCGGGUGGUUCGCGGAUAAGUACGGACGACGGCCGCUGAUGAUUGCGGGACCGGCGGUGUCGACGGCGGGCAUGGUGUGGAGUUAUCUGAGCGGGGGGUUGGGCGAGCUCUUGAUGUCGCGAACGGUGGCGGGCAUCGGGAGCUCAAUGUACAUGAGUGGGGCGACGGCGAUGUUGGCGGAUCUCUCGACGAGGGACACACGGGCGAGGAUAUUAGGGGCGAACCAAGCGGCGGUUCUCGCCGGCGCGGCGGCGGGACCCGCCAUCGGUGGCGCCAUCGCCGGGGCGGAAGGAAUGUCCAUUAGAUCACCGUUUCUUGCCGUUGGAACGCUGAGUUCGUUCGCGUCGAUGUACAGCCUGAUGCGGGUAACGGAGACGCGACCGGCGGAGAUGAAGGCGGAUUUUGCGCCGAGCAAGCACUGGUACUGCGACGGACAUCCAAUCGAGGACACGAAGAUGUGCGUGGAACUCGAUGGUGAGGGUAAAUCCGUCGUGCAUCGAGACGGUCAUACGUACGAAUUGAUAGAAACGUCCACGCCGUCUCCGGCGUUGGAUGCAGACACGGCGCAAGACGCGGCGAUGGGUCGUCUCGUCAAGUCACCGGAUUUCUGGGCUGUGUGUGGGUUGAAUUCGGCGCUCUUCUUCUCCGGAGCUGGCGGUCGCGGGACGUUGCUUCCAAUCUUAGCCUAUCAAACGUUUGGUUUCACACCCGAAUCCCUGGGCGCGCUCUUCAGUGCGAUGGCAGUGACGAGCUUGCUCGGUCUCGGACCAGCAAGCGCGAUUACUGACGCUGUCGGUCGCAAGGCGGUCAUCGCCCCGUGCGUCGUCGCCUCCGCCGCUUCGGUCGCACUCAUGGGUAGCACCGCAGAUGCAACGACGUUUACGAUUGCCUCCAUCCUGUGGGCCGCCGCGGGGAGCUUGAUGGGAACCGCUCCUGCGGCGUAUGCCGCGGACAUCUCGCCGAAGAAUAUUCGCGGGAGCGCUCUAGCUAUGUAUAGAACGUGUGGUGACGUGGGUUUACUCCUCGGCCCGCUCGCUCUCGGCGCGCUCGCGGAUGAGGUGGGCAUAUCCGCCGCGCUCGGCGUGAACGCCGCGCUUUUGACCGUCUCCGGAGCCGCGUUCCAUUUCACCGCUCGGGAGAUUCGUCGCAAAGCGAAAGUUGAGGCGAAAAAGCUCUGA